GAUUUCCAAGAAUUGUUUGUGGACAGGGACUUAUCAAAUGGGCCUCUCUCCAUUGUUACAUUGAGUCAGAAUACAGUCAACGACAUGAGUGCAUGGUCACCCUCUGUUGAAGAAGAGAGAGAAGAAAUCCUUGUCAAGUUUAUAGAGGGAGCAACUGAAAUAUGCAAUGCCCUGAAGAGUGCUGGCUAUUGGGCAGAUUUCAUUGAACCGGAAUCCGGCAGACCUUAUUUCGGAGCUUACACAGGAUCAACUUUAUUUGAGACAGACCACAGAUACAAAAAAUUGGGGUUCAACAUAAACGACCUUGGAUGUUGCAAGGUCAUUGUUCAUUCGGUUUGGGGUGCAUAUGUUUACGUUGGAUCACUAUUUACCAAUGCGCCAAUCGACCACCCAGUCAUCACAAAACUCACUCAGUACAAUGAAAAACAAUGA